AUGAUUGAGGUAACCAAAUUGGGAUGGACAUAUGUGCAUGCAGUGGCGGUGACAGGUUCGUACGGUGAACGGGGCAUGGAUUCGUUUCGUGCAGCUGCGACUGAACGUGGUGUUUGUAUUGAUGGUGAUGUUCAUAAGAUCAGUCGACGCUGGAGCGAUCAUCAUUACAGGUACAUUUUGAUGUGA